GCCUUGCGCUUGUGUGUGUGUGUGUGUGUGUGAUCCGCGCUUGCUGCUGCUGCUGCUGCUGCCGUGUAUGGAGGAAGCAGCUGCUGAUCUGAUCUCUGACAUUGUGUGAGAGACAUCUGAAUAUAAAACUGCGCACAAGACGUGUCGCUUUUUAAAAAAAUAAAAUAAAACAACACCGGACCGAGGCGACGCCGUUGGAUGAUUACCUCUUUGAUUUAAUGGGUCCAAUCAUUGGGAUGUCACCAGAUAAGAAAACGGAAAUUCCGGGUAUGCAAGAGGAGCGGACGGGCCUCCGAGGUGUUUGCGGUGUGGGAACGCUGCCCGAGGCGGAGUGCGCGUCCAGUCCGCUGGCGACGAGCGUGGAUCGUGCAGGAGGCGCGGAGGAUGAGGAACUCACCAACCUCAACUGGCUGCACGAGAACCUGCUUCAGAACUUCACCCUGGGGGGUCCCGAGGCUCAGCCCAGCGGCAGCCCCCUCUUUGACAUAGAAGGAGACUACGGGUCGAGCCAGGGCCCGUCUUCCUCCUCGUCGUCAUCAUCGCCAAACGGCCGAGGCAGGGAGCGGGACUCGAUGAAGUCGAAGCCCCCGUUCUCCUUUUCCCUCCUCAUAUACAUGGCCAUCGAGCAGUCUCCCAGCAAAUCUCUGCCCGUGAAAGAAAUCUACGGCUGGAUUCUCGAGCACUUCCCGUACUUCUCCAACGCUCCCACCGGCUGGAAGAACUCGGUUCGUCACAACUUAUCUCUGAACAAAUGCUUCCGCAAGGUGGAACGGAGUUUGGGAAAGGCCAACGGGAAAGGUUCUCUGUGGUGCGUCGACCCCGAGUACCGCCCCAACCUGAUCCAAGCUCUAAAGAAGCAGCACUUCCCUGCCGCACAUGCCUUCUGCACACCACCCGCCUCCCCACCCAGUGCCUCCUCACCCCCUCGUCAUCUCUUUCUUCAAGGCUGCUCAUUCAAAGAGUCUGACAUUGAUGCUGCCACUGCCAUGAUGCUCUUAAACUCUGCCCCCGGGCACCACGUUGACCCAUGCAAUUCUGAAGGCCCUCUGGACCUGUCCCGGCCCGACUCGGUCCUGGUGAGCAGCGAUCCAAAGCAGGACCACAACUACAGCAGCGUGGCGCUGCAGCGCUGCUCCUCCCGCUCCUCCUCCUCAUCCCUCUCCUCCCUGGACGAAGGGGGCUGCGACCGCCGGCAGUCCCACCGCGCCGGCAGCGAGGGCUUCCACAGCGACGAGGACUCCGACCUCUGGGACGAGAGGGGCGUCCACCAGACGUCUCGCCGCCCGCCCGCCAUCAAGUGGCCCGUCGGCAAAAGGCCGCGCCGAGAGGCCAAGCCGGAGCUGGACGAGGAGCUGAAGGAGGCGGCGGGCUCGUUGCUGCACCUCGCCGGUAUACGCAGCUGCACAGAGAGCUCCAAACGCACUGUCAAGAGCACAAAACUUAACAGGAAAUGAAGAUUUUUUUUGUUUCAUUUUAGCCCCCCCCCCCCCAUCAGACUCCCUGUGAACCCUAAGGUCUGACCCCUGAUCGUGUGUCCCAGUGUGCCUCCUUCUCCUUAUCUGAUCGUUCAUUGACCAUUAUGAGCCUUUUUUUCUGUUUGGGAUUACCCCUGUCCAACAACACAAAUGGCAAUAGUAUCGUUCACACAGGAGAACAAAGCCAUAUAGAGACUUUUGUAACUCGGGGGGGGUGACUGCCGGGGGGGGGGGGUUCGGUUUUUUUUGGGGAGCUGUGGAGAACCAUCAAGAAAAACAAACCUAUCCAAAACGACCUGCCUGCUUCUGUCGGAUGAGAAGAUUGUGAUUCAGGAGUUUUCCCUCUGAAAGACAAAGACUGGGGGAAAAAAGCUGAAGGUUUUUUUAUAACUCAAAGCGUUGCAUGCUUCCUCCUCAAACCUGUAUCCUCUUCCAAGUGAAUCUAUUUAUGAAGCGAAUGAGUGCAUGUUUGUAACAGACGAAAUCUAACCUCCUGGUGUUAUCGGUUUCUCCUUUUUUGUGCUAAAGACAAAAAAAAAAAAAAUGCCACUGUUUUCUGAAAGGAAUUCUUUGCUCUAUGAAUCCUCUUUUAUGAGAGAUGCAAUAAUUAAUCCACAACCUUAACUUUAUUGACUUGAGUUCACCGUGGGCGUUUUUUUUUCCAGAUUUGAGUAUGAAAGUUCAACUUUUACAAUUAAGAGAAUGAACAGAGCAGUACUACGAUCUUGUGAUGCCACAGACGAGCUCGGGGCUCUAUUUCAGGAUUAGCAAGAUGUUGAAAUAGUAUUCCUCUGCCACUGCCAAAUUCAGUUGCAAAGUUAGCUGAACUACUUCGCUUCGGUUAACGUGCGGCCAUCAGAAUGAAAGCUUGUUUUUAUUUUUUCGCUCAUCCAUCAGUGUGUGUUUUUUGACAUUUUCUGUGCAGACGCCAGGACAUAUAGUCACAUGUUUGUCCACAACCUAUGCAAAGUGAACAUCUGCCACGUGUUGCCAGAUGUUCACCGUGUGCUCAUAGGUUCUCCUCCAUAGCUUUUAUUUUAUUUUAGCGUGUGUGUGUAUCAUAGUGCAUGUCGGCUUCAGCCUGAACGGGAAAUAACGGUGGUCAAAAGUUACCACCUCUUCACUCUCCUUCAUUUGGAUUUACAGAUUGUGUUUUUUUUUUUUUUAACCAUGUAGUUUAGAAAAUCACAACACGGCUCAUUUUUCUGUGGCCAACUUAAUUCCCGCCUUGAGAACCAAGCGUGUCUGCUCUCAGUUAACAUAAACGAGAGAUGUCGGGCGUUAAAGGGAAAAAUAAAAAGAACAGGACUCUGUGAGCGCGCUCCACAGACUGUAUAAAGAAUGGACGUCGUGUCCUCGCCUCCCCCUGCUGAACAGAAAUGAAGCCAAAAUACCCCCGGAUAUGGGCGCUGACAGUUUGAAGCAGACGCCGCUCACUGUUAAUGAAAGAUCGAUGACUUCCUGUUUUAGUGUUCGUUACUGUCAAACACAACGCCGCAGGAGCCGCAUUCAACGACAGAGCUGUCAUCGUGUUUUAUACUUUUUUAUAGCAUCGAAUAACUAAUUAUAAAUAAACUUCUCAGAAGAAGAUAAUUGAAUACAAAUCAGUGUGAUAAUAACUAACUUUCUAUCUAGACCUUUUUUUAAACCCUAUCUAGGGUUUAAGAAAAUGUGUUUUUGUUUGACCUGUGUCUCCUCCGAGGUGGAGGUUUAUGACCUGUACUGCAGCCAGCCAGUAGGGGAGCUCUAAAUGUUUUGGCUUCACCUGAGGGGGAAGGAUUGAGCUGUCCAUUCUUUAUACGCUCUUUGGUGCAGAGGUCAAAAGCCUGAUUUAUAGUUUUUAGGUUAGCAAUGCUGCACUGCCUUGUAGUCACAGAGAAGCCUGACGUGCUCUCUCCUCAAAAAAGUAACCACGGACCCCAACCGCAAGCCCUGAUUGGACCACUGGGUUGCAUCGUAUUUCCUGCAUUAACAACCUUUCCAGGUGUCACUACCAUUUUUCAAAAUUCUGCCAAAGUAAGAGCACUACAAACCAGUAUAAUCAUCUGCUGCACAUUAUGUGCCAGCUCCAAAACAAUAUAGAAUAUGCUCACUUUCAGUUGCCAUGGUUUCCUGUAGACAAACAAGCAGAGCGUGUGGGGGAACCGAAAACGGCCAAUAUGUCUAGAAUAGAAAAUCAGGCUGUGGAGUAUUGCAGAGCUAUGCAGGCCAAAUGCACAGAUGUGUAUUAAUACAUCGCGUCGAUGCAGAAGUAUAAAUCAGGCUCAACAGGUGAGAAGUUGACGACCUUCUGCUGCUCUCAUGUUGUGCCCUCAGUUCAGUCUUGCAGGCUUCUAGCGUUUCCCUCAUUGCCCUUCCUCUUAGAACAAAAAUAAGGAAGUGCACGCUCUCUUCUCAGGCGGUGAAGCGAAGUGUUUAUUGUCAGUUGAUUGCAUGCAGCUCGCUGACGGGAAGUUGCGUAAAAAUGCCACAGUCAGUUUCUUUUUUUUUAAUUUGGGUUUUUAAACAGUUUGCACACUCGCAGUGCACAACACAAGGUAGCAUGGAAGUACACACACACACACAAGAUUUUUUUUCCCACAGUACUUGACCACAUGGUGUCACUGACAAUGUUAGUAUAGCAUGCAUGGUGGGUGCCAAAUGUUUCCUCGUGCCACUGAUGUUAGACUGCAAAGGGGGGGCCGUGCUCUCUUUUAUUCCCCCUGCUGCCACGAUGUCCUUUUUUCUGAUUUAGAGUAACGAUGCCCUACUUCUCUGAUUCAUCCGAGCAGGAAAUGAGCAGGAGAGGACUCUGGUCAAGCGCAGUGACUUACCAAUCUUUUUAUUUUUUAUUUUUUGGUUUAUUUUUGUCGCUUUAGAGUGGGAACUGCUCUCAGAACAGAGAGAAUAAGCUGCAGUUCUCCAAAAGUUCGACUUGCAUACACUGGUCUUGUUUAGCUGUGAAAAAAAAAAGACAACAGAACAAAAUAAUUGUUCAUUAAUCAUCAUUAUUUAUGACUUUAAUUUAUGGGAUUAUUGAAUGCAUAUUCUUAUCAAACACUGGUCGUUUGAAACGGGCUAGGCACAUAGAUUUUUCUCCUGUGAACUCCUUUAAAUGCGUUUUUCUUUUUCCUCGUUUUAUUUGACAGCAAUACGCCUUUUUUUUUGUUCCUUUCACUAUGUCAUAGUGAUGAAGUAUUUUUUGCCAAUGUUUUUAAUUUUAGAGCGGGUGUUUUUAUUUUCACUUUAACCAUGACUGCCAGGUUUUGUUGAUGUUUUGUUUUGCUUUGUGUUGGUCCUGAUAGAGGACUCUUUAUUAACACUGAUCCUGAAAAUCUGUCGUUUGCCAAAUUUGACGUACAGCUGGGGGGGAAGAAAUCUGAAGCGAACUCACUCUCCCACGUACCCUAGAGGUUAUUUAAAGACCCUACCCUUUUUUUAUAUUUGUCUCAUGUUCAUGUUUAGACUUAAGUAGUCACAAACUGAAGCUCUCAUCACAGAUUAGAAAUCUAAAGAAACGAAUACUGCCAUCGUAACUCAUGCUUCCAGGGUAUUGUUACGGGACGUUGAAAUGAGUCGUCCCGUCUUGAGUGUCGGGGACAACUGCAGAGAAAUUAUGGAGAGGCUUGUAGGGGAAGAAUCUCGCUCGCUCUUUCUGUAGCACUUGCAAAAAAACAAACAAAUGUAAUGUCGGUCUGGAAGUGGACGAGCGGCCGACUCAAACCCCCCCAUCCGCUUUACUGCUCAUCGGCUGUUAUUGAUUAUUGGUUAUGUGAGUCUCAAACUUCUGUUGCAGUUCCUUUUUUUUUUUUUUUGGGUAUGAUGAUCAUUUUGUUGACGAAGCUGCCAACCCAGUAUCAGUUUGUGUCAGUCGUCUGCCAACGUCUAUCGGGGGCCGACACACCUUUUUUGGUUUUUGUAUGCUAACCUCUGUUGAUAAAAUGUUUAUAAGAUUUAUUUUCGCCAAAGAUAUGCAAUUGCAUUAUAUAUGGUAUUACAAAAUAUUAAUAAAAACCUGUUCUUGUUAAA